AUGGAUCUUUUCGAUCUGUGGUUAAUGCCUAUUAACAGCCUGGUCAACGCCAACGCCAUCCAGCAACCGCAAAAGCAUUUUAUCAACCAUUCCAAGCUCCAGCUUCCGGAAGUAUUCCAAAGCACGCUGGGCCUCCUCUUGAUGGUCACUGAUGCUCGGUCCGCAUCAGCAAACGAUAACGUUCCGGCAGGAGUGGAAACACGAGAUGAUCUAACCGGCGCCGAAUCGGCUCAGUUUGGCGGUUUCGGUGGAUACGGAGGCUAUGGAAGAGAUUACGGUCGAUACGGUAGACCCUACGGCGGUGGAUAUGGUGGAGGAGGAUAUGGUGGUGGUGGUGGCGGAUACGGUGGGGGUAUCGGCUAUGGUCGUAAUCCCUACGUAGGAACAGGAUUUGGAGGACUCGGUUUCCUGGGUCGUUAA